AUGCUGCUUCGGACUGUGGCCCUGCUCCUCCUCUGUGCGUCUUCAGGAAUGUGUGCCACAUUAGGCCACUACCAGACCGAAGCACAGGAGGAGAAGGCCCCUGAUGUGGACCCUGCUGCUGCUACUACUGAUGCCGCUGUCGACGCUGCUUCUGUAGAUGCAGCUAAAGAAAGUGUAGCAGAAGUCGGUGAUUCACCUACAACUGAGGAACCUGCUGCUGAUUCCCUUUUUGGUGACAAUCUACUGGCUAAAAUACUCUCGGCUGAUAAACUGGCAGGUGACAAACCUGAUGUGGAUGUUCCCGUGGCAGAUGGUGCAACAAGCAAAGAUCCAGGCACGGACAGUGAUGGGCCUGCUGGAGACAGCCCUGCUGUGGAGACUCUUACAGAAGGAGCGGUCACCCAGGAGCAACCUCCAUCUGAGGAGGAGGCGAAUGAGAUCAAGCCGGUCGAGAAAAAUGAGUCCCUGAGUAGACCCUUGGCACAAGAAGAUGAUAACAGUUGGAGCUUCAACUCGAUUAGAAGUAGUUUCCAGAACAUGAACGGAUACUUUGACUCCAUGGUGGAGCUGGUGGGGGGGCGCGACGGUAUAUGUGAGUACCGCUGCAGAUAUGGAGUAAUUCCUCAACCUCGUCCCGGCUACCAGCUCCCAGAUCCCAAUGGAUGCAGCUCCUCUCUGAUGGGAUUCCAGGUGAAUGCUGCUCUUGACCUGGGCAUCCCUGCAAUGACAAAGUGCUGCAACCAGCUGGAUACGUGUUAUGACACUUGUGGCACGAGCAAGUACGACUGCGAUUCCAAGUUUCGCACGUGUCUGCAUAGCAUCUGCUCUGACCUUAAGAAGAGCCUGGGCUUUGUGUCCAAAGUGCAAGCUUGUGAAUCGAUGGCAGACGCUCUCUACAACACAGUGUGGACUCUCGGCUGUAGACCUUACAUGAACAGCCAGAGGGCAGCGUGUAUCUGCGAGGGAGAGGAGAGGGACGAACUGUGA